AUGAAGGCAACUCUCAUCCUCAGCGCCCUCGUGGCGGGAGCCCUUGGUCAUGACCGUCAAGCAAUGAUGAGUCGGCCAUCUACAGGUCCAAAUGGAACAGCUGCUCAGAUACUCGCACCACAGCAAGAUCCUUGGUAUUCUGCACCAGCGAACUAUGAAUCUGCAGCUCCGGGCACGAUCCUCAAGAUCCGGCCUGCCGCUGGCAACCUCACCUCUGUGCAGUCGAACUCUAGCGCAGCUUACAACAUCCUCUACCGGACGACGGAUAGCCGGUAUAACGCUACAUGGGCUGUAACAACACUCUUCGUGCCUGCCAAUGCCAGCAGCAACGACAAGCUGUUGUCGUACCAGAUCGCAUACGACUCAGCGGACCUUGACGCCAGCCCAUCUUAUGCUCUAUACUCUGGACCCUACCCUGACAUCGUCACUGCUCUCGGCCAAGGAUGGUUCGUCAAUGUUCCAGACUACGAGGGACCACUGGCAUCGUUCACGGCAGGCGCCAUCUCAGGCCACGCAACUCUUGACUCCGUCCGAGCAGUCCUUGCCUCUGGUCUCGGUCUGAACACCACUUCCGCGAAAUAUGCCAUGUGGGGAUACUCAGGUGGCGCAUUGGCUAGCGAGUGGGCAGCUGAGCUCCAAGUUCAAUACGCCCCAGAGCUCAACUUCGCAGGUGCAGCGCUAGGCGGCCUCACUCCCAACAUCAGCAGCGUGUUGUUGGCCGUCUCUGGCAGUCUUCAAGCCGGUCUUAUCCCAGCUGGCAUUCUUGGCCUGGCAUCUCAGUACCCAGAGCUCGACCAAUACCUGACCGAUAACCUGAAGACUGAUGGUGAAUUCAACGCCACUGGCUUCCGUGAAGCCACAAACUACACCGUGACCGAGGCAAUCGUCGCUUUCGCCAGCCAGGACAUCACGCAGUACUUCUCCAACGGCGCAGGCACUCUCUUCGACCCCAUUCCAAGAUCCGUCAUCAACCGCGAGGGCAUCAUGGGCUACCACGGCGUUCCAAAGAUGCCGGUCUUCGCAUAUAAGGCCAUUAUGGAUGAGGUCAGCCCUGUCAACGACACCGAUAUUCUGGUCGAUCGAUACUGCCAGAUUGGAGCGACCAUCAAGUACGACCGUAAUACUAUCGGAUCGCACUCGACCGAAUCGGGCAACGGAGAAGCACGCGCGCUGUCGUUCUUGAACAGCGUGUUGGGUGGAAUGUAUAAUGCGACAGGGUGCCAGAUUCAGAAUGUGACUUUGAAUGGCACGAUGAGCUCGUAG